AAAACAUUAUUCCAUUGAAAUAAACAGUUUUUCAGAAUCACAAUUCAAAUUAUUGUAGAUUACUGAUCUCCUGUAAUCCAGAAUUAAAAACUUGAAAUGUUGAGGAUUAUCAAAACGGCUCUAGUGCAAAUGCAGAGUGGUGCUGACCGCUUGAUGAAUUUGGAACAUGCAGCAAAACUUAUAUCAAACGCUAAGCAACUUGGUGCAAAACUAAUUGCUCUUCCUGAAUGUUUCAACUCUCCGUAUGGAACAAACUUUUUCAGUGAAUAUGCUGAGUCCAUCCCAAAUGGACCUACUAGUGAGAUGUUAUCCAAAGCAGCAAGAGAAAAUUCAGUCUACCUUGUAGGUGGAACUUUUCCCGAGGUAGAAAAUAAUAAAUACUACAAUACAUGUACAGUUUGGAAUCCGGAAGGAAAACUGGUAGCCAAGUUUAGAAAAAUGCAUUUAUUUGAUAUUGAUAUUCCUGGAAAAAUAACUUUCAAAGAGUCAGAUAUCCUAAGUCCAGGCAGUGAGUUGGUGACAUUCGAUUUGGAAGGAGUGAAAGUGGGUCUGGGGAUAUGUUAUGACUUAAGAUUCGAAGAACUUGCAAAGCUUUACAGGUUACAGGGUUCUUCCAUCAAUUGAUUGAAUUUUUCAGCUGCUUUCAAUAUGACAACAGGUCCUAUACACUUUGAGAUUCUUCAGAAGGCCCGAGCCCUGGAUAACCAAGUGUUUGUAUGUACUAUCAGCCCUGCAAGGAAUGAUACAGGGUACAUUGCCUGGGGUCACUCUCAAAUAACAAGUCCCUGGGGUAAGGUUCUUGCACAAGCGAAAGAAAAGGGAGAAAUAAUAUUAGCUGAUAUUGACUUAGCUGAAUGUGAUGACGUUAGGGCACAAAUUCCUAUUUUUCAUCAAAGAAGAAAUGAUGUGUAUGAUACGGUGAAGAAAAAAUGAGGGUUUGUUUGCAGGAUGAUGGAGUUAGAAUAUGUUCGACUGGUGGUCACUUUUUUCUUUGAUGUAUAUUGAUUUAUAUAAAGAAAUUAUAAAAUGAAUUAAUAA